GCGGAUACUGCAUUUACUUGACGCAUUGUUUGUUCAUCAUAUCUCUUGAGUGCACUGAACGCAUACCGUCCAAAGGUCACGAGGCCGUAUUGACUGCGCGUGCGCACAGGAAACAGUCAAGGUACGCGGCCAUGCCCGGCGUGAUAGUCGAAAGCCAACCAAAGGCGCGCAAGCCAACCAAAAAUGAGCAGCGACGAGCGAAGAAGAAGCAACAGAAGCGAGAGGUUUCAGAGACACCCGCACCAUCAGCAGACACAGAGAAUGUCGGUCGCUCAGAGACCACCGAGCCAGCACAACCGGUAGCGCCCGCUGCCAACGACCCGAUUCAAGAUGUUCCGACCGUCGAAAUCCAGGACGAUUUGCCUAUCGACGACCCUCUGUACUCGCAGUUUGCGGGCAUCUUCGCCAAAUUCAAGGAGGACGAGAAGGAAGAAGUCGAGGUGAAAGAGCCCGAGAAACCAGAGGUUUUCUACGGUGACGAUGACAACAUUCAAGAUGAGGACGAGGAGGAAGAAACGAAGAAGAAGCUCUCCAAAAAAGCGCGAAAGGCCGCCAACAAAUUGAGCAUUGCUGAACUGAAGGCCAUUGUGCGCAAGCCAGAAAUUGUCGAAUGGACGGACACAUCAGCCCAGGACCCGCGACUACUGGUGAACAUCAAGAGCGCGCGCAAUGUGGUUCCGGUGCCGACCCACUGGUGUCUGAAGAGAGAAUAUCUGAGCAGUAAGCGGGGUAUAGAAAAGCCUGGUUUUGCGCUCCCAAAGUUCAUCGCGGAGACCGGCAUUGCAGAGAUGCGUGAUGCAGUCCUCGAAAAGCAGGCAGAAGCAUCGUUGAAACAGCGCGCGCGCGAACGUGUGUCAGGAAAGACUGGAAAGCUCGAUAUCGAUUACCAGAAACUGUACGAAGCGUUUUUCCGGCGACAGACGAAGCCAUCCCUCACACGAUAUGGCGAGGUCUAUUACGAAGGCAAGGAGUUUGAAACUAACUUACGACAUUUGCGACCCGGCGAGCUGAGCGAAGAGCUCAAAGAGGCACUCAACAUGCCACCUGGUGCACCACCGCCGUGGCUCAUCAAUCAGCAGAAGAUUGGACCUCCACCUUCGUACCCUGCACUCAAGCUACCAGGCUUGAACGCACCACCGCCUCCAGGAGCCGCAUGGGGUUUUCAUCCCGGUGGAUAUGGCAAGCCGCCAGUGGACGACCAAAAUAGACCUUUGUUCGGCGGUGACGUCUUCGGAAUGGGUGAUAUGAAGGUGGACAAGAGCAAGGACGGAGCUGCUGCACCCGAAGCAGUGGACAAGUCUUUGUGGGGUGAGCUGCAACCACCUGUGGAGGAGGAAGAGGACGAGGAGGAAGAUGACGAGGAUGACGAAGAAGACGAUGGCGAGUCUGGUACAAAGACCGGCGUCAGUGUACCGUUCGGUGGCACGGAAACACCUGGUGGGUUUGCUACUACCGUUCCGACCGAUAUUCCCCGUGGACACAACGAUGUCACUCUGCGUAAACAACGACACGGCACUGAGACAGAAUCAUCAAACCACCCAAGAUCUGCUGGGACUGUGCUGAAUGAGCGCUCGAUCCGUGCGGAGGGGUUCUUUGGCGGAGAACGUGCAUAUGAUCUUUCUGCAGGCAAGUCUGGUCCACCUUCGAAUGUUCCGGUGCUUGGACAGGAGCAGCGCGGUAGCAAGAGGAAGGCCGGUGAUGUCGACGUCUCGAUGGAUGUAGAGGCAUUGGUUAGAGAUGGCAAGCUGGGCAAAGAGGAGUUGCAGCAGAUGUAUGAGGCACAGCGAGCAGAGCAAAGUGGUUGGCAAGGCGGAGCUGCUGGAGAGGACCUGAGUGGACUCGUCGCAGAAGAAAGUGCGAAGAGGCAGAAGCGGGAUCGCGAACGAGCACAGAAAGGCAAAGGAGGCCGGUAAGAGACGCAGGGAACAGGAAGUUGUUUUCAAGAAGUCGGAGAUGAGGCUGGAGGGGGUGGUUUAAUGGUAAGAAGGAUACGAAGGCCAGACUGAGAUGAGUGAUCCGCCUGGCAUGUAUGAUGUGAGCAAAGAGAGGCAGCAUAAGGAUCGUUAUAGUGCGACCCGGGCAUCGUAGACAGCUCGGUGCUGUGGAGGCGUUGCAUAGUUGGGCUGUUAUGGUGCAUGGACAGGAUGCACAUGAGUACAGGCUUACAAACGAACCAUUUCGAGGAUGGCAAUUCCCCCAUUCAUUCCGAUUGUCGAGGUGCUUCCGAACUCCUAUCUCGAUCGAUGUUGUCUCUGCGACCCGUGACUCUCGCGAGCUUGAGGACUUGGCGGCGCUAGGGCUUUGUUUGCUCGCGGAACCUCCAUACUCCAGUCAAAUUCUGGAAUAUCAGGCCUCAUCACAACAUUCCACUCAGCAUACCGCCAGGAAGGCUCGAAUAUCGUUGUCGCCAUGGACCGCGACAGAGGAAGACGCCUAGACUUUCCGCCAGAGGACCAAUUUGGCACCGGUCGAGGGCAGUCCUACCGGCCGGGCAACGCCCGCGAACGGAGUCCUCCAGCUCGACUUGGCGGCGGCGACAGUUAUCGCGCAAGAUCUCCUCCUAGACGCAGCGACUACGCCGACUCGUACAAGACUGCAGAUACCUAUCGCGUACCUCGUCGAGCCAGCCGCUCUCCGCCACCUCGUCGGGACGAUGACCGCCUCCCAUUGCGAAGGGACGACGACCGACUGCCCCUACGAAGAGACGACGAUCGCCAUCCCCCUCGCCGCGAUGAUACGUACCGCCGCCGCUCGCCCUCGCCAGCACGCUUUCGCGAUGAUCGAGUUCCAAGAGGCGGAGACAGCUACAGGGGUCGGCCACGGUCGCCGCCGCCGCUCGCAAGAAGAGAGGACCUCCCCAGAGACGAUCUUUUUCGAAGAGAGCCUGUAAGAGAUGAUAGAGACUUUCGAGAUUCGCGUGGCUACAGGGAUGAAAGAGACACCAGAGCCUAUGUGGCGCCGCCAGCCCGCUCUCCAAUGCCGCGAUACAGAGAUCGCAGUCCGAUACCGUUGAAGAGGGCACGAGAACAGUCGCCAAUCUCAAGCAGAGGCAGGCGCUCUCCUCCACCCGCCAAGCGAGAAAGGUUGGCGAGUCCUGUUCGGCCACGGUACGACGACUAUCCUCCGUCCAGAGCUGCCAGUCCGCCUCGAAGGAGAUUCUCACCCGAACCACGAGACCACCGCGGCUACUCUCCCAGUGUACGGGGUGCUACGAGAGACUAUAGACUGCGCUCGCGCUCGCCUCUUGCUAGAAACGAAAGAGGAGUUGAUCCCAGGACUGUCGACAACUGGAGACGACCGCAGCCUUCGCCAGCACCGCGUCCCGAAUACCAUGAGUCUGCCGUCAAUUCUGGCACCACUUCGCGCAGAUCGUCACCUCCUCCGAUCCAUCCCAGUAGGCUCAGUCACCUUCCAGCAGAUGAGAGAGCUCCCCUGGGCAGAGGCUCUCCUCGCGAUUCCUACGAUCCCAGAGAGCCAUACCGUGCUUCCGACCCAGAGCCUGCGCGUAAUACGCCGCAGACGAGAGAUGUAGGCUAUGGUGAUAGUGAGUACGAGAGAGAGCGAGAAGUUCCGCCACCGCGCGAACCACGCCGGGAUGAUGACGGGCCAGUUCCGGCGCGAGUACCGCCCACAGGCCCGAGUAGCCAGCGCGCUCCACAAACUGCAAUGGCGCCUCCCACUGGCCCUGCUGCGACUGUUAGCGCUCCGUCUGGACCUCGUGGUACAGCUGCCCCACCAUCUGGUCCACGCGGAGCACCGGCUAUAAGAGGAGAUUUCGCCUCUCGUGUGAGAGGUGGAUUCAGUACGGAAUUUACGCCUAGGGGCCGGGGCGGCUUUGGCACUGGCUUUCGAGGAGGCCGGGGCGGUGGAUUUGGGCGAGGUGGACUGGACGCAGGGUUUGGGCGCGGCGGAGGAGACGCGGGAUUCGGUCGGAGUGGCACCGAAAACGGAUAUGGCGCGUCUCGCAGCGUGAGUGAGCAGGUCUUCAGUCCCCCAACCGGGCCAUCUGCAGCAAUUGGCCAGCCCCCUUCUGGACCCAGAAAUUCCUUCUCUGGAGCUCAGCCACCUGCGUUUCCUCGCCAAGCAAGCGCGAGCGCUAUCAACCCAUACCAGCGCACUCAACGCUUUGGCAGUAUGACCAAUACCAAUGGCAGCAACAAUGACACUGCCAUGACAGAUAUUCCCACAGGACCUAAGGGUGCACGUCGUCUGACUGACGCUGUGGCUGUUACCCCCGCUGCGAAUAGAGUUCAUCCAGCUAUCGCAGAGUUGCCAAAGGUCAUUGAAGGUGGCCAGAGAGCUGAGCCUGCCGUUGAUAGAUCCAAGCUCAAGAAGCUGGAAGAGGACGCAGAGAGACUGAGGAGACAAGUGGAAGAAAAGGAGACGCGUAACAGGAAAAGCAUGCGAGACUGGGACCGAGGACAACGAGAGAUGGAAGUUGCUGGCCUGAGAAGCGAGUUGGCCGAGGAGGCUCUCAGGGCAUUGAAUGGGGAGGCGGAGGGUCAGGCAGCUUUCUAGUAGGCAGCUUGCUCGUACCUUGCCGUCAUUCGUCGACUCUCUCAAGAUUGCCUGAAGGACAGAGGGUGGGCUGGGCAGAAACACUGCGAUGCAUAUGCUGGUGGCAAAAUGCAAAAGUGACUAAUGGAAAGGGCAGAUGGUGUCGUCGUGGUGCAUUCUUUCGGCUAUGCAGAUUCUACUACCUACUUACAGCUUGAGUAAAUUAGUAAGUAGGUCCUGCCGAGGAAAAGAGUCUUGGGAGGUGAUGAUGUGGUAUUCAAAAAUGAAGAGAUCAGAGGUUUCUGCAUAGUAGGUACUAGUUAAGUUACUACAACUACUACCACCACUACAGCUACCACUAUUACGAUUUCUUUGAUUUCUUUUCUGUUGUUUUUUCUUUUCUUUUCUGUUUUUACUCCUCUCUCGGGAAUUCAUCAGCAAGCUGCAAGCUCGCUUUGACAUUCAUACUCAUCAAUUCCUGAAUGAGCAAUUUCGCAGCAUAUGGCAUCGUCAUCCUCACGACGGAUCGACUACUCGAGCAGCUCUGACACCAAUUGUUGUAACCCAUCAUGCCACACGUUUGGCAGACGUCCACGUCGUGCGCGUCCGAGGAAAUCAUGAGUCUCUCGAGGAGCAAUUGACUGGCUCCGUAGGCAAUCAAACAAUCACGUUCCAUUUCUCCCAGGCGAAGUCCACCUUGUCGGGAUCGACCUUCGGUGGGUUGACGGGUGAGGAUGGCGCGAGGUCCUGUUGCUCGAGCGUGCAUUUUGUCUUGGACCAUGUGUUUGAGUUUUUGGUAGUAGAUGGGGCCGAAGAAGACGUAAAAUGGGAGACUCUCGCCGGUGAUGCCGGAUGUGAGACAGUCUUUUCCGGAAUAGGAGAAGCCGUGUUUGAUGAGGACUGCGCCCAUGUCUUCGACUUUGCUGCCGCCAAAGGCGGUUCCGUAUUCUUGUUUCCCUGCGAGCACGCCUGCUUUUCCAGAGACGAGCUCGAGCAUUUUGCCGACUGUCAUGCGGGAGGGAAAACCGUGGGGGUUCAUGAUGAUGUCGGGUACGACGCCUUGAUCCGAAAAGGGCAUGUCUGCUUGUUCGGCGAGGAGACCGACGACACCCUUUUGGCCGUGGCGCGAAGAGAAUUUGUCGCCGAUUUCUGGGCGCCGCGUUUGACGGGUUUGGAUUUUGAGGAUGGUGUCGUUGCGGUCGUUGGCGGUGAUGACGACUUUGUCGGCGUAGCAAGGAUCGGGUGUUUUAUAGGACAUAUGUGCUGGAGACCAGCGCUGCUGACUAUUGGGGAUGGUUUGAACUUGAUUAAUGGGUGCUUCUUUGAGCAUGUACGUGUCGCCGUUAUCGAGUUCGGAUCCGACUUCGACCAAACCGUCUUUGCCAAUCUUGCGAUGUCGAGCAUUAUUCGGAUCACGGUCGGCCAGACGAUCGGUGUAGCCGUUUUGGUAGCUCUUCAGUGGCAUGCUAACUUUCUUAAAGACCUGGCAGCGGCCAAAGCCGCGGUCGCAGGACGCCUUGUUGAGAACGAGAGCAUCCUCGAUAUCGUACCCGGAGUAUGACAUGACUGCAACGACGGCGUUCUGUCCAGCAGGCAGCUUGUCAUAUUUAACCAACUCGAUGGUCCGCGUCGUGACCAUGGGCUUCUGUGGAUAUACCAUGAGGUACAACAGCGUGUCGAUGCGAGUAAACUGGUUGUAAGCAAUAGCGCCGAUGGCUUGCUUACCCAUGGCGCACUGAUAUGUGUUACGAGGCGACUGGUUGUGGUGAGGAUAUGGGAUCAAGCCGGCGACUGCACCUAAUAUAGUAAAAGGCUCAAUUUCCAGAUGUGUGUGACUAUCGUUGAUGUCUUUCUCGUAGACUGCUAUAUUCGAGUCAUUCUCCUCAUUGACGUCGAGAUAUUCAACAAUACCGCGGGACAGGGCAUCGUCGAAGGUCAUUGUUCCUUUUCGCAGUGAUUCAAGAAAGCGUGCUGUCACCUUGGAUUUGGCUUUCUCCACGACUAUCAUCGGCCGACAAACGCGACCUUCAUCAGUGGCAAUGUGCACACCAUUAUGGUGAUGGUUGAUGAAGAUGCUGACGAACUCGGAGAUUCUGCCCAUGCGUCGGAAUUUUCGGAAUCCAAGCAGAAAUUGCUUGGGCUGCCUGGUCAGUGCCGCUGGCGUACCAUUGAUGAAGAUGAUGUAUGCACCAGCACCGUAUAUCUCCGUGCCAGAUGCUGAAGUAACAUCCUCAGCUCCCAGCACGUACAUCAUUUUCCGUACUGGGCCUUCGUCGUCGGCAGUAGUAAUGUGUGUCAUGAGCGCCAGGUUCUUGACAAGACCGCAUGCUUCUCCUUCCGGCGUAUCUGAUGUGCAUAACAUGCCGAACUGGGAUGGCUGUAGAGCACGAGGUCCAGAAACCUUUCUAGUUUUCUCGAAUUGUGAAGAGAUUCGAGUCAUCAUGCCGAGAGCGCUGAUGUAACUCAGUCUGCUGAGUACAUGCGUCACGCCAGCGCGAUCCAUACGGAAACGCUUUAGUGUCCAAUUACCGGUUGAUAUUGCACGCUCCAUGCCACUGGUGAUUCGAGACUCAAUUUGCUCCACAAUACGGACAGGAUCGAACUCGGACGUGGGAUUGUGCUUUUGAAGCAUCUUGUCCAUCGUCAUCUGAAUCUGUCGAAUAGAAUCCUUGAACAGGUCUUCAAACAGCAAGGAUAACAUUUGCCCGGCCAGCUCCAGACGCUUAUUGCCCACGUAGUCGCGAUCGUCGACCAAUUUGGGAUCGUUGAUGGCCAUGAGCACUCGUCUUGUCAUGUGCGCAAUGUAGAGCGCUUUCGGGCGGAAGUUGAGGCCCUCUACUUCGACAUGCGGAAUGAUGGUACCUGCAAGCUUCUCCAGCGCCUGCUGCUUGGGUGUCUUGAACUCCUUGUGCUUGUUAAUGAAUCUAUCGGGCUUGAGCCGAGCGGCAAUGAAAUCAAGGGCCUGUUCUUGAGUGAAGACACCUUCCAGCGCUGCCAACUCGAGAUUGGGGGCAAACUCGUCCUGGUACUGAGCAUCGUUUCCAGCGGCCAGUAGUAGAAUCUCGUGAUCGGACUGCACUCCCAUGGCGCGCAUAAUGAUCGCGACCGGGACGUCCUCGACCAGAGAGUUGUGCUUGAGGUAAAGAUGACCCUUUUUGACCAGCACAUAGGUCUUCGUCUUGAUGUUGGCCGUAUGGCUAGUGACCGAAGCCUGAAUGACGCCCUUGAAAGAUUCCACAAUGACACGGUUCUUGCUCAGUUGCUCUUGAACGAGAAUAACCUUCUCUUGGCCACGAACGAUAAAGUAGCCUCCGGGAUCCACGGCGCAUUCGUUCAAAAAGGACAUUUCUGACUCUGAGCGGCCAUGCAGCACACAUUUCGAACUCCGGAGCAUCAUAGGCACACGUCCGAUAAGAACGUCGGUUUUCCUGACGUUUCCCGAUUGCCUUGGAUACACAAAAUCCACGUAUAUUGGGGCCGAGUAAGUCAUGUCUCGCAAUCGGCACUCGUUAGGCGUGACUUCCGUCUGCACGUAGCCGGCACGGGCAUCCUCAAUACGCGAGGGCUUGCCAAUGCGGAUGUCGGUGAACCUGAUCCAUUUUUCGGCCUUGACUUGGGAGUGGAUCAUGGAGUUUGCCUGGACAAUCUUUUUCAUCUCCACGUCGAUGAAAUAAUCGAAGGAGUCUGUGUGUUGCUUGAUGAGUCCUUUGACUUGCAAAAAGGCCGGUAGAAGGUUCCAUUUGUCGCGAGCGGUGUUGAUGGGGUCGGUCAAGGACUUGUUGUAGUAGAAUGGCCGCAGCAACGCAUCGAUGUCGUGCCCGCU